UUUGACAGCGUGUCCUAAAAGACUCCAUGUGCUUCAAUCUAACAGUGGAUCUGAGUGACUAGAAAACUUCAAACACUUCAGUGGAUUUUUACCUGUGGAUUGCAGAGAUAUCUGUUUGGAUUCCUCCUGGGUUCCUUUGGGCUUUUGGAAUUGCCAGUGGUUGAUCCAGAAAGAGUUCAGUAUCCUGAAAUUCCUAAGGAAAGUUGUGAUGGGUAACACAGUCGGUGGGUUUGAUCAGGUGGAGGGGCAGGAGGCCAAAGGCUCAACAGGAGGGUCAAAUGUUGCUCUCUCCACCCCUAAAAAGAAAUGUGCCCCUGCUAAACUACCCAUGCCUCCCGAGGAAGAGCUCGAAGAACGCUUCAGUGUGGUUUUGAGCACCAUGAAUCUGCCUCCUGACAAGAUGAAGCUUCUGAGUCAGUACGACAAUGAGAAGAAAUGGGAGCUUGUCUGCGAUCAGGAGCGAUUUCAGGUGAAAAACCCUCCCUCGGCUUAUCUGACUAAAAUCAAGAGCUUCUACCAGGACCAGGGUGGAGUGACACGCAGGUUCAAGAAACGUGUGCAGGAGUCAACUCAAGUCCUGAGAGAGCUGGAGAUCUCGCUGAGAACCAAUCACAUUGGGUGGGCUCAGGAGUUUCUGAAUGAGGAAAACCAAGGCUUGGAUGUCCUGGUGGACUACUUGUCAUAUGCUCAAAGUGAUGUGCCGUUUGAGGUGGAAUCUGUGGAAAACGGCGGUUCUGUAUCCGACAACAGGAGGUUGUCAGAGAGAUCAGUGGAGGAUCUAGCCAAAAAUGUCAACCAUUCUCCCACAUACGGCGUGCGUAAAGUGGCACGUGCAUUCACUGUCCGAAUAAGCAACUUGGCCCAUGGCAGAAGAACUACGCGAGAUUCUCAAUUGGCCAGCCAGAGAGAUGACGUUCACCUCUGUAUUAUGUGUCUGCGUGCUAUCAUGAAUUAUCAGUCUGGGUUCAAUUUAGUCAUGACUCACCCCAGAUGUGUCAAUGAAAUUACUCUUGGUCUCAACAACAAAAAUCCCAGGACUAAGGCUCUUGUGCUGGAGCUGUUGGCUGCAGUGUGUCUGGUUAGAGGAGGACAUGACAUCAUCAUCUCGGCCUUUGACAACUUUAAAGAAGUGAGUGGAGAGAAGAACCGCUUCGAGAAGCUAAUGGACUACUUCAUGCAUGAUGACAGUAAUAUAGACUUCAUGGUGGCUUGCAUGCAGUUCAUAAACAUUGUGGUCCACUCAGUGGAGAACAUGAACUUCCGUGUGCAUCUUCAGUAUGAGUUCACCCAGCUGCGUCUAGACCAGUACUUAGAGUCUUUAAAACAGAUGGAGAGUGAGAAGUUACAAGUACAGAUCCAGGCGUACUUGGAUAAUUUGUUUGAUGUUGGAGUUCUGAUGGAGGAUGCAGAAAAUAAAGGGGAAAUAAUGGACCAUUUAGCCGAACUGCGGGAGACCAAUGCACAGCUGAAUUCCAGAUUGCAGGAACAUGAGAAAGGAGCACUGGAAAAAAUGGCAGAACUAGAACAACAACUAAUGCAGGCCACUAAAGAGUCAGCAGUGCUUAAGGAGAGCUUGCGAGAGUCCUGUGCCCAAGUGAGCACUUUGCAGCAGAGGGAACGAGAACGAGAGAUUCAGAGAGAGAGAGAAAAAGAGCAGGAGCGUCUGUCACAGCCCUCACAGGUAGACAGAGAAAGAAACGGAGAGGUGAGUGGAAAGGAGUCCAAACUGGAGGUGAAGCUGAAGGAACUGGAGGAGAAGGGCUUAGUUCGACUGGAGCGCACAGCCUCUGGAAGCCUGGACAUCGAAGUGAUUCCAGUCACCAUAGAGAAAAUUGUCACUCAAACAGUGACUGUAACAGAUCCAGCUUCUCAAGCGCCAUCCCCUGCAGGCGCAGCACCGCCUCCACCUCCUCCACUACCUGCUGCUGCAGCUCCCCCUCCUCCACCACCACCACCACCUCCUCCUCCUGAAAGCGGAGGUAUUCCGCCUCCCCCUCCUCCUCCCCCUCCUGGUGGAGGUCCACCACCACCCCCGCCCCCACCUGGCUGUGGACCACCACCCCCUCCAGGAGCUCCUCCUGCCACUGGGGCUGAAACAGGACCAAAGGGACGUAAACCCAUUCAACCGAAGUUCAAGAUGCCCCUGUUGAACUGGCAGGCAUUGAAGCCCAAUCAAGUGACGGGAACGGUGUUCGUUGAGCUGAAUGAUGAACAACUCUUAGGGGAGCUGAAUAUGGAUCUAUUUGCAGAGCAGUUUAAAACCAAGGCUCAAGCUCCUCCAACAGAUAUUUCGAAGCUCAAGGUUAAGGUGGCUGAGAAGGCACCUAGUAAGGUGUCCCUGCUGGAGCCUAACAAAUCCAAAAACCUUGCAAUCACCCUCCGCAAGGGAGGCAUGAGCCCCAACGACAUCUGCACAGCCAUUGAGAGAUAUGAUCAGCAGUCUCUGAGUCUUGACUUUCUGGAGCUUCUGGAACGUUUCGUCCCAUCUGAAUUUGAGAUGAAGUCACUCCAGAACUACGAAAAGGAAGGGCGGCCACUAGAGGACCUGAGUGAGGAGGACCGUUUCAUGAUCCGCUUUGGUAAAAUCCCACGCCUUGCUCAGCGGAUCAACACCCUCACCUUCAUGGGCAACUUCCAAGAGAGCGUGAAACGUCUGCAGCCGCAAUUAGAUGCAAUCAUUGCAGCUUCCGUGUCCCUCAAGUCUUCAUCAAAGCUGAAGAAGAUGUUAGAGAUCAUCUUGGCCUUUGGGAACUACAUGAACAGCAGUAAAAGAGGGGCAGCGUAUGGAUUCCGCCUGCAGAGCCUUGACCUGCUGUUGGACACAAAGUCCACAGACCGCACUCAGACUUUGAUGCAUUUCAUUGCGAAUAUGGUGCAGGAGAAAUACCCUGAGCUUGCCUCCUUCCACACUGAACUCCGCUUUGUAGACAAGGCUGCUCUGGUGUCUUUGGACAGUGUGCUCCAGGAUGUGAGAUCUCUAGAGAGAGGGAUGGAAGGGACCAAGAAAGAGUUCCUGGUGCAGGACGACAUCCCGGCCCUGAAGGAGUUUGUUAAGGCCAACAGUGACGUAUUAGACUCACUUGUUAAAGAUGGCAAGACGGCACAGGAGGCAUACACGUCUAUAGUGGAGUACUACGGAGAGAAUCCGAAAACGACACAGCCUUCCAUGUUCUUCCCACUCUUCGUCAGGUUCGUCAAAGCUUAUAAGCAAGCAGAACAAGAUAAUGAACAGAAGAAGAAACAAGCGAGUGCAGCAGAAGAACAGAAAAAAACCCCUAACCUAAAGAAGAAAGAUAGCACUCCUCAAAAGAGUCCCAUGAUGCCCAAAAUGCCUCAGAUGGAUCUGAUUGCAGAGCUGAAGAAGAGACAGGUGAAGCCCCAAGUGACAGAUGGGGCCAUUGAUGACAUUAUAACAGAUUUGAGAAAUACACCCUACAGAAGAGGUGAUGGUCGGAGAGCAACUCCACGACAUGAUAACUGAGAGUUACCUAAAAAGACUUCCCUCCUCCCUACUGGACACUUCAGGUGGAUGAGGAGAGACCCCCCCAAAAAGAGUGCUAUAUAAAUGCAUAAUUCAUUCACUUCUGUAUAUAACACCUGGUCUUAUUCUUUAUAUAUUAAAACCUUUUCAAUCUGUACAGUGAUAAAGUAAAUGACUGGCAAACAUACAUACACAUUCACUGAUGCUGCACACAAACAAAGAGUCACACUAACAGACACCCAUCAUCACACGCUUACAUAUGCCCUCAUACAAGUAAUAUAAUUGUAAAUAAGGCAUAAAAAGGAUUUUUGUACCAUUGGAUAUGCUCGUGAAUAUGUAAGCAACUGCAGAGCUUGAAUUUUCAUGGUUUUGCUGUGUUUAUAUUGAAAUGCAAACAUUUGUACGAUUUCUGAGAUAUUUUUAAUAAAAUGGUGAAAACAUUGUACAGUAACAAA